GGCGCUUGUUUAAUCGUGGGGCCAGAGUCCAGCCGCCCGGUUUUGGCGCCAUUGGCAGCGGAAGUGGCGGCGGCGUUUGUCCCAUCUGAUCCGCUGGAGGGCAAAGAGUUGGAGGAGAGGGACGCGGAUGAGGAGAAGGCGGGCAUUGAAGCCUUGAAGAACGUGCCCUUCUCACAUGCAGCUGCCCUGAUAGUGUACACAAGUGGCACCACUGGGCGACCCAAGGGAGUGGUGCACUCACACAUAGGGCUGGCUUCCCAG